AUGGGCAGGAGACGGGUCGGUAUUGCUGCAGAUCCUGGGCCACCUCCAUUCCCCGAGCUGGGAGGGGUUGGCCCUGCUGUGCAGGUGCAGAGUGGGGGUUCCUCUUCUCCCAACGGCCACUGCCACAUGUUCCCCCACUUCCUGCUUUCUGCAGAGGAAGUGCUGCAGAUCCCACUGCUGCUUCUGCCCCUGCUGAGGGUGGGCCCUGAGGCCCUGGGCAGCGGCUCCUCGCUCGCGGUGUGGGAGGGCCAGUCCCUGCGCCUGGCCUGUGUGGUCCACAGCCACCCUCCCGCCAGGCUGAGCUGGGUCCGUGGGAGCCAGAAUCUGAAGUCCUUGUCCAGCGCCAGCCCCGGGGGUGCGGGAGGGGCGUGGGAGCACCCCCAGAGCCUGGAGCUGGAGCUGCCCGGGGUGCGCCUGGAGGACCACGGGGAGCUCGUGUGCGGAGCUCAGAACCCCCUGGGCGCCCGGGAAGCCUCCCUGCGGCUCUCUGUGGAGGAUGCGCCCCAGAACCUGACCAUUGGGGUGAUCGGGAAAGAAGGUUCAGCUGGACACUGGCCUCUGGGCCGACCCAGGCAGAGCUGGGCGGCUCUGAGCACAGGCUGGACGCCGGUCAGCACCACGGACAGCGCCGAGUCCCGCACGCGGGCUCCCCGGCAGCCACCUGGUCUGGGUGCUGCUCGCUGCAUGGCCCCGCGUCCCCCGCCCGGCGCCCGGUCCUGGUCUCUCCCCGCACAGGAUGCUCACCUGAGGCAGCCUCCUCCUCGUGACGUCUCCUACUCCCUCAAGUGA